ACGGUGAAGUCGAGGAUUAGGGAGAUCUUCAUGCCCGCCCUCAGCUCCACCAUGACGGAGUGCAAAAUCGUCUCGUUGGUAAAGUCCGAGGGCGAUGUCCUCUCCAAAGGCGACAGCGUUGUCGUCGUUGAGUCCGACAAGGCCGACAUGGACGUCGAGACAUUCUACGACGGCAUCCUCGCAGCCAUUGUCGUCGCCGAGGGCCAGUCAGCCCCCGUCGGUGCCCCCAUUGGCCUCCGCGAAACCGAGGCUGAAGCUGCCGAGGCCAAGGCCAGAGCCAAUUCCGCUCCUACUCCGUCCGAACCUUCUCCGCCGCCGGUAUCGGAGGUCUCCAACGCGCCGCGGAAGGUCGUUGCGACGCCCCACGCGAAGAAACUCGCGAAGCAGCACAAAAUUGAUGUUGGAUCUGUGGUUGGGACUGGUCCGAAUGGGAGGAUUAUUCCUGCAGACGUGGAGAAGGCCGCCGGAGUUACGCCACCGGAGAGAAAUGUGUCUGCGGCGGAAGUGGCAUCAUCUCCGCCAAAAGCUGCUGCUGCUGCUUCUCCAGCGUCUCCGGCCAACGCUUCGGCUCCAAUUCCGGGUUCUAGUGUAGUGGCUUUUACGACAAUGCAAUCUGCGGGCAAGAACAUGGUGGAGAGUCUCUCUGUGCCAACGUUCCGUGUUGGGUAUCCAGUGACCUCUGAUGCACUUGACGCUCUGUAUGAGAGGGUAUGUGAACCGAAGGGUGUGACAAUGACAGCAAUUCUAGCCAAGGCGGCUGCAAUGGCACUAGUUCAGCAUCCAGUGGUGAAUGCCUCUUGCAAAGAUGGGAAGAACUUUGCCUAUAAUAGUAAUAUUAACAUUGCUAUUGCAGUGGCAAUCAAUGGUGGUUUGAUUACCCCAGUUCUUCGGGAUGCAGAUAAGGUCAGUUUGUAUCUUUUGUCACAAAAAUGGAAAGAACUAGUGGAAAAAGCUCGUUCUAAGCAAUUGCAGCCUCAUGAAUAUAAUUCAGGAACUUUCACGCUUUCGAAUUUGGGAAUGUUUGGAGUUGACAGGUUUGAUGCCAUACUUCCUCCAGGCCAGGGGGCUAUCAUGGCGGUUGGAGCAUCAAAACCUACAGUUCUGGCAGAAAAGGAUGGCUUUUUUAGUGUAAAAAAUAAAAUGCUGGUGAGUAGCAUAAUUAUUUCUUUAACUUUCUUUAUGGUUAACAUAAUCGACAAGUUUGUAUAAUUGAUAAUUAGGUGUACUUUAUGCUUAGGAGAGAACACAGAAACAAAG